AUGUCCUCUCCUUCGAUACAAGCGCUCUCGCAGGAGGUCGUGAACCGCAUCGCCGCGGGCGAGGUGAUCCACCGGCCCUCCAGCGCGCUCAAGGAGCUGCUCGAGAACUCCCUCGACGCCGGCUCCACCUCGAUUUCGGUCACCUCCAAGGCGGGCGGGCUCAAGCUGCUGCAGAUCAGCGACAACGGGCACGGCAUCCACCGCGCCGACUUCCCGCGCGUAUGCGAGCGCUUUGCCACCUCAAAGCUGCGCGAGUACGAGGACCUGUCGCAGAUCGAGACCUUCGGCUUCCGCGGCGAGGCGCUCGCCUCGAUCUCGCACGUCGCGCACGUCUCCGUCACCUCCAUGACAGCCGACGCGGCGUGUGCGCACCGCGCCUCCUUCUCGGACGGGCUCCUCCCCGCCGAGCCGCGUCCCUGCGCCGGCACGCGCGGCACCACGAUCGCGGUGGAGGACAUGUUUUACAACGUGCCGAUGCGGCGCGCCGCGAUGAAGGGGGCCGGCGAAGAGUACUCAAGGCUGCUCCAGGUCGUGCAGUCGUAUGCGCUCGACAACGCGGGCGUCGCCAUGUCUAGACGCCGUGGCGUGGAGACGCCGAGCUGCAGCGGUGCGAAUGGGUAG